GUCUUCCUCCCGUCAGCUGCUGUCCGAUCUUAUCCCCACCUGCCGCUUGCUGCCGGGUAACUGGGCUGCUGGGGGAAGGUCGCCGACGGCAUCGAUGGCAGAUUUGUCUACGAUUGCGGAUGGAGAUGUGACCGAAGAAGCGAAGGGGCAGGAGGCAGACCAAGGAAGCUCUGAAGGUAGUCAUGGUACUACUUUGCAAGACACAAUGGAGCGGGACAUAAGAAAAGGAAAGGCAGCUCUUGAAUCCACCGAACUGAUGAGGGAGGAUCUGGUUCAGAGUGCUGUUAGUUUUCUGAAACAUCCAAAAGUAGUAACCUCUUCGGAUGGGCAGAGGCGAUCUUUCCUUGAAAAUAAAGGACUCACUGUGGAUGAAAUAGAUGAAGCAUUUCGACAGUUACAAAGCCCAUCUUCUAAUUCUUUGAGCGCAAAUACGUGCACGUCUCAAGGGGUAUCUAAUCAUUCAUGUAGGAUUACUCAGCAGGAAACUGAAGUUGGCACGAAGUGUAUGGAUGGUUCAGAGAGGGUUGAACCUGAGACAGAACCUGUGGCCCCUGUGGUGCCUUGUCAUCCAAAAUCAUAUAUGGAGAUCAUGGAAAUGAUACAAAGGGGUGAGCGGCCAGAUGAUAUCCAGGAUAUUAAUGAUGACCCUCCAAACCCUGAUCAACCAAUCUCGGAACCCCGUAUGGCACCGAAACCCAAGCCAUGGGAAAAGCAAGGUCAAGAAAGUUUGGCCUGGGAUUUGAAAUCACCAUCAAGUGUCUCCAGUGACUUGAGAUCAGAGGUUCAACAUGAUAUUACCAACAAGGCUGUGGAGUCAGCCGACGGCUCCAACCAUGGGGACUCGCUGGUGCAAGCAGAAGUAGAUGCGGGCUUGGAAUCUCCCACAGAUGAUGCUGCCUCCUUGAAGUAGCAACUACAAAAUCUCACGGUGGUAUAAUGAAAUGUGGUAGGGGGGAAAUGUCUCAGCCUACAGGUAGCAAAAAAAAAAAAAAAAACAGAGAAGAUAGAAAGAAAGAAAAAGCUUCGGCCUAUAGAUGGCUAAAGAUGCAUCAAAUCUCAGUACCACACUGUGUCCUUUAGCCAUCUAUAGGCCGAAGCUUUUUCAUGAGAUAUUAUGCAGUUCUCAUGAGCAAUUUGAGUUGGGUUUACAAAUCAACGUACUUUUCAAACGGGCAAGUACAGAACUUGAUCCAUUUUCUUUCUGAUGGAACAGUUUGUCGAUGCAAUCUGUAUGUGACUGUCGUUCUGAUGCACAUUAUAGUGUAUUGAUACAUGAGAAAAUCAACACUCAUUCUCGAAAA